AUGACAAAAAGCGCCAAAACUUCUAAAACGGCUCUCAAAUUGAAAGAAUCUGUGGUGAGGAUGAAGUGUCUUCGCACGGAAGAGGCGGCCCAACAGCCAUAUGAAGAGGUGUCCGCUCGGCUCCAAUCAGACCUGAGGAAUGGCUUGCAUUGGGAUGAAGUGGACAAUCGGCACAAAGUUUAUGGUUAUAACGAACUCGAGGUUAAGGCAGAGGAACCGCUGUGGAGGAAAUAUAUCGAUCAGGCAUUGCAUCCAUUGAUUACAUGUGGAGACCAUCGAUUCAAAAACCCGUUAAUUAUAUUACUUCUGGCCUCAGCUCUGGUCAGC